CCGUUGCUCGUGGUUUUGACAGUUUUGACACGGCAACAGGUGAUGUUUUGACGUGGGCCAGCCUGGAUCUACGUAGCUCGCGAGCUGACUUGUUCGUGCUGUCAGUCGCGUCGAGCAGCUUCCUUUCUGUUUUGCUUUUUUCGAGCCAGUAACGGUAAGCGCUCGGCCUCCCUCUCCACCUGCGAAUGACAAUCCUGUCUGUCGGGGGAGAGAGAGCCCAUCAUUAAUGUUGCGCCUGAAAGAAAGCACCAGUAAGGCCGGCUACCUCCGACUGGCGAUGGACGGCAACGCAGCAGCCGAGAGCGCGGCGGGCGGCGACGAAGCCGCUGGUGCAGAGUCGGACGCCGCCCUCGAGGUGGUGGUGGCGCCCACCACCGCGGCUGCACCAGCACCAGCCGCUGCGAGUAGCGUCCUGCUGGCGCCUCCGAGCAGCGGCGGCGACCCUUUUCCCCGGGGCGAGAGUGCGUUCGAGCUGUCGCGGCAUCUCUCCAAGUCGCCGCUUGCUCGGGUCAUCUCCGAGACGGAGGAGGCCAAGUCCCCGAGGCCCAAGAUGGAGUUCAAGCCAACGCCACGACGCGCGCCCAGGAACGGCAAAGUGGGGGGUGGCGGCCCAGCCGAAAGCGAUGGUGGCCGUGCAGGCAAUGCAGCCUGCGAGCAGCACUCAUUUCUCACAGACGUCACGGACGUGCGACAGAUGGAGCAGGGCCUGCUGCAGCUGCUGCACGACUUCCACUCGGGAAAGCUGCAGGCCUUUGGUAAGGACUGCACUUUUGAGAAAAUGGAGCAUGUGCGAGAGCAGCAAGAACGACUGGCCCGUCUUCACUUUGAGCUCAACGCUCAGCAAGAACACUGUGGUCCAGAAUCCGAGGAGGGACGGCAGCUGGCAAAGGACAACCUGACAAAGCUCAUUGAGAAUCUACAGCACCUCAGCCAGUCCAUAGAGCAGCUGCAAUCGCACACCCAGGGAGUGCAGACUGAUGUCUGACACUAGCUGGGGCGGAUGCAUCCCGCCCUUCUCAGCACAAAGACUGCAGUGCCACCUUGCAUGGAAGAUUCCUUGGAGCAGGAAGAAUGACUUAAGCGGAAAGUGUGUAUAUAGCAAUGUUCUGCUGUGUCUGUUUCAGAAUCAUUCUAUUAAGUGUCUUCAGCUUGUAAGCAAUGCAGUACUGUACUGUAGCACUGUGCAGAAUUAACUUGUAAUGCUUGUCGUAUCUGCUUUCUGAAUAAACGACACUAUAUAAAA